UUCACGCAGUGCUCAGUCUCCUCCGUGGCAUCCCUUAAGACCUCAAAUGUGCGACUUCCAUUGGCCGCAGAAACAUAGGAUGUGGAGGCCUGAUUCACGUUAACGGCAUGUGAAAAUACGAGGAUGAAGAGAUAAAAUAACGACCUGUUAAAGUCGCAGUUAAGUUAAAUGACGGUGGAGUGACGAUGUUUGCUGUUGACUGAAGUCCACUCCAAGAAACAAAAUGAAGAGGAGGCUGCUUCGUGGUUUCCUGUCGGAGAUUUCCAUCCGGAUGGCGCUGUUGCUCGUGUUCCUUGUGACGGAGCAGCUUCCUCCUUUCUACCGUGAGAUCCAGCCAGAGGAGAUGUGGUUGUAUAAGUUCCACCGUGUGGAGAGAGACCAUGUCCCCACCACUCUCAUGUUUAGUGUGGCGGUUUUCACCCCGCUGAUUGUAAUCCUGGUUUUCACCUUCCUGAAGAAGACCGAGCGAGGAGAUCUGAAGGAGGCCUCGCUGGCUGUGACUUUGACUCUUGUGCUGAACGGAGUUUUCACCAACGUCAUCAAACUUGUUGUUGGCAGGCCUCGGCCAGACUUCUUCUAUCGCUGUUUUCCAGACGGUCAGAUGAACCUGGAGUUGCGCUGCAGCGGUGACCCAGAUGUGGUCAUGGAGGGCAGGAAGAGCUUUCCCAGUGGGCACUCUUCCUUUGCCUUUGCAGGUUUGGGUUUCACAGCGCUGUACGUUGCAGGAAAGCUGCGCUGCUUCAAUGCAGCGGGUCAAGGCAGAGCGUGGCGGCUGUGUGCCUUCCUCACACCUUUACUCAUCGCGACUGUGAUCGCCCUCUCCAGAACCUGCGACUACAAACACCACUGGCAAGAUGUGUUAGUGGGAUCUCUGCUGGGUCUCUCCUUCGCCUGGCUGUGCUACAGACAGCACUACCCUCCUCUUCAGGACGCUGACUGCCACAGACCUCUGCGUCACAGAGAGACUGUUCCCGCCGCACAGGAGCGCAAACUGGCCAACUCCAACUACAUCCUGCCGCUGUAGAACAGCUGUAACUGUUACUGGUGUCAUUCAUAACGGGUUACAUGGUAAUCUUUCUAAUUCUGGUUUUCACACCCUUAGGGCUGAGCAGUUAAUCAAUAUUUAUUGUUUAUCGUCAAUCACUGUAACUGUAUUGUGGGAUUUAUUUUGUAUGGUGACACAUGGUUUAUUUUCAGAACUAAAAUGACUAAUGACACAUUUCUUCUGAAUGGUUUCUGAAACACUUGAGAGUUGCUGCAACUUGAAGUGUGGGUUUCCAAACGUCAUUACUUACAUACAUUACAUUACAUACAAAUGUUAUCAACAUUGGAGGGCUUGAUGGAUACCAUGUCAUUUAUUAUUUUCCAUCAGGCCCAACCCGACACACUUUGUGUAUUGUGCCUCUAGAUCACGUAACUUUAAAUACUCACAACAGCUGCGGGGAAGUUUCUCAUGAUAAGGGACAAAAUGUUCUGAUUGUUUUGUAAACUUGCAACUUUUUCAGCAAGCCGGGUUGAAAAAUAUUCAGUAUUUGGUGUUUGUGUUAAGAUAUUCAUUCCUGGCCUUUGGGAAACAAUAUAUAUAGUCAAGAGAAUUUAUCAAUGAUGUCACACACUUGAUGGUUGCAGCUUCUAUAAUAUGAAGAUUUGCUGCUUUUUUAUCAUAAUAAAUUUAAUAUGUAAGGGUUGGCCAAGAUAAUCAAUUUGAAACUGAAUGAUUGUGCAGUUUCAUAGUUUUUGGACAUUUAUCUAAAUGAUUAAUUAAUCAAUUAAAAAAAGAGUUCCGAUAUUAGAUAAUCCAUUUAUUAACGGUUGAGAUUAAGAGGUCUUUGGUUCAGUGUGAUCACAAGACCUAAAUGUGAAACAACAUAUACCAUAUAGUAAUUUAUUUGAAAGCGAUUGGUGAAGUAAGAGCAGUUUAUGUGGGCUGUUUGUAUCUUAAAGUAGGGGAAGCCAAUAUGUAUAAAAUCCUCCUCAUCAUAGUAUAUUUACGUCAUGAUUUGUACUUUAAUAUCUGAAAAAGGCUCAGUAAUUUGCUAAACCACCUGCGCACUAUAGCUCUUAGUAAAUGUUACUCAACCAGGAGUAAAUAGUGCAUUUGUUGGGGCCUUUAUUCAGCUGCAGAUUAAUACACAUUUAAUGUCUAAAUUGCUUUGGGACAACAAUGUGUCUGUGGCACAGACGACAACAUGUGUUAGUAGGAUCAAUUCAUUGUCAUUGCUUAGUUGACAACUAGAAACAAAAGUACAGAAUAUCACCCGACUGUUUGGUAAAAUAUCUUGACAACAUCGUCCCACAGUACAUAUGACCCCCCCCCCCUUUCUCUGAAAGCACCUUUAUGUGUAAAGCAGGUUAAUCAAAACCCCUGGAUGAACUUCAUAUCUUUGAUUUGAUCUCCACAUGACUCUACUGUCUCUGUCUUGACUGCUUUAAAUUUCUCUGUCUUCCUGUAUUAUAUUGUGAAUGUUUCCAUUCACAGAUUGUUUGUUUGAUUAAUAUCUGGAAAGGGUUCAGAUGCCCCAUCCUCAGUAUAACGCACUGAUGUAGCAGCUCCGCUCAUCUCUUCUCACGGUUUUUGCAGUGCUCGCUGUACUUGAUGAUCACAUCUUUGCUCUAACUGAAUCUGCUAAUAUAGUUAAAGGAAUAGUUUGGGUUGUUUGUAGUGGGGUUGUAUGAUGUAUCAAUAGUCAGUGUAUUACCUGCAGGAGAUGGAGAAACAGGUGGGAGUUACGGCUCGAAAGCAAAGCAAUGCAUGGCUGUGGACAGGGGCAGCAGCAGAACGUAUGUUUGACACCUAAAAAACAUCAGAUUAAGUGUACGCUAUAUUUAAAAUAUUUUUUAAGCUUUCCCUCAGGGGCUUUAUCUAUGGUCUCUUCAGAGCCACUAGACCUUAUUGUUAAAAACAGUCAUUUUACCUCACAAUACCUCUACGCUGCCUCAAUCGAUAAAUUGCUAAGCUCUCAUACCCGUACUCGUCUGUUUUCUUCAAAGUGGGGGCGUGCUGUCAUCUACUGUAAGUAAUACACUGACUAUAGAUAAAUACCUACUUCAAACAAUCCAAAGUAUUCCUUUAAUGUGACUGUAAAAGAAAGUGUUCCUACAUGAGUGGUCUCAGGCUUACUGUAGGUCUGGUUUCCGUAACUCUUCUGACUCCUCUGCCAACACGUCUGACGUGUGAAUGUUCACCAGAGGCAGAGAGACGUGGAGGUGCGUAGGGGUCAGUUGGUGGAGUGAUGGUGAAACCAGAUCUUUCUGAUGAACCUGAGUGAGGUCAGACUGCUAUCCUCUCCAGGUGAUGGUGCUAUCCUGUUAGUUUCUGGUUGUUUUCAUCGACUUCCAUUUAAGACGGUGAACGCUGAAGUCUGUGAUUCAGUUAUGAUUUUAUGUUUACAUUUCUGUGGUCAUUCUGCUUUUUUUU